AUGUCUCGUUACUUGACGCCACCCAAGAUAGGCCUCCUGGCUCUGGUGCGUCUGUACUGCGAGGGCGCAAUUUCAAGCUCUGGAGCGAUCUCCAUUCUAUCAUUCAUUGUGUCUCAUCUACUACCUCCACUUGCAGAAGGUUCAGAUGAUGAACAUUCAACGAGAAGCUUCACUUUACCUGUCAGCGAGUUCGACAAGGCUACUAGCACCCUUUCAUCCAUACAUCCUGGUCAAUCAGUCUUCGAUCUGCUGAUCCAUAGAUUAUGGUCCAUCGACUCGUUCCACGCUCUUCAUGAAUUCUUCUCAGGCCUAACUGACCUGCUUAAUCAUAGCAAAGAACGAGACAAUGAAUCGAGCUUUUCCUCGCCACCAAGUGCAACAGUCCUUUCUCGCACAUCGCCAUUGGGUGCAUUUGUCCGGAGAGCUCAGCUGGAGUUCACAAGGCUUCAGUUUAACGAUGCUCAAAAGCUCUGGAUAGCUUUUUUGAAGUACAAGAGCCCUACUGCUGCCGCAUGGAAGAGGCGGAGUUCAGCCGCGUCUCGCAUAACCUUCGACGUUAACAUUGAUGAGCUUGGUAUCGGCUCCGAUAGUGACCUUUUCCAGGUGGCGUAUGGAACCUUACACCAGCCUAUCCAUAGUGAGGAGCUUAGUAGUACGGAUGACAUCGAACGUUUACUCGCGUUCCAAGCGGACAAACUUCAACGGCUCGGUAUACGGAUGCCACAUGAUAUGAAAGAGAACCUGCGUGGUAUGGUCGGUCCUGCAAGCACAGUGCCGAGUUUGUCCCAUUUUGUCAGUUUCUUUGACGCCUGGAGAGCUGGAAACUAUACAUCAGCAUUUGACAAUCUUCAUCGCUACUUUGAUUAUACGAUGCAAGCAAGGGAGAAGACAUUUUACCAAUACGCCCUGUUGCACAUGGCAAUCCUACAGACAGACUUCGGAUGCCUGAGCGAAGCCAUAUCCGCCAUCAAUGAAACAAUUGCAACGGCUCGAGAGAACCAAGAUAUGAGCUGUCUCAACUUCUCCUUGGGUUGGCUCAACCAUUUGAACCAAGCAUUUCCCCAUCAGAUGCGAGGCAUCAGGGAUCAGGGUUUGAAUGGCUCUGAGAGGGAUGCUCUCAAUUUUCUGAAGUUGAAAGCCAAAGAGAGCAAGAUGUUCUCUUUGUUAAGUUCAGCACUCCUCAGUGAGGCUAGACUCGACUUGUCAUACGGCGAAAGAAGUAUUACCAAGGCUUUCCAACAUAUAUAUCAAGCCUCGCACAUCAACAUUAGAGAGAAUUUAUCUGGAGGAUUUGGCUCUCAGCUACUCAUGCAUUCCGCGGUCUUUGGGCGACUCGGCGUGGAACAUCUAGCGAGUGCCUAUUGCGACAUCAUCCUCAAAUGCUACCGACCCAAUGUUCCAACAGAAGAGAUGCUGCGUGCCAUUUGCCGCAUGUCGUUUACUGCAGCCCGCUCCGGACGAUACGAACAUGCAAUUCAAAUGCUCGAGAGUGUCAGGCCAGGUGUACACCGGACUUUGAAGUUCAGUCAGACCAUCACGGGCUAUCUCGGCCUUGUGAAGCUAUUGCAGGCUAUGAGGAGAUCCAACCGUACGGCUGCCGAGCAUAUACUUCAACAACUAGCUACUGGAUUCUCAUUCAAUCCGGAUCUUCGCACACUGAUACUUCAGCUUUCGAUCAUGUUCCACAUCCGAUUGGGAUCACUCUCGAAAGCUUUCGACCUUAUCGAGGAACUUGCGAAUGAGUUGAAAGAGGAGACUGCUGAUAUCUCUCAGCGACUUUACCUACUCGUUAUGAAGGCACGUCUAUACGCCAAGGCUGGAGAGCCGCAGAAAGGCUUCAGCGUGGCAUUGAGGGCUGCCAGCACUGCCCACCGCUUCCAAGCCUUCCCCAUCUUCUGGGAAGCUAUCGGAUUCAUCGCAAACAUUCUCAGCCACUUGAAUGAGUUUGAUGCUGCUCGUCGUAUGCUGGAUGCAGUCAUCCCACAAUGUCUCGAGAAUGGAGACACUGAGCUGUGUGCCUUGCUCUAUUCUUUCCAAGCGGACGCCUACAUGGGUUUGGCCGGGCGAGCCGAAGAGGCUGGACGGCGAAGGACCGCUUGUGUGAGUAAGGCUGAGGUCUAUAUCGACAGGGCGAGACAACACUAUAAGCGUAUUGAAGACUGGCGCGGUGAAUGCGAAAUGCUCAAGAAGAGGGCGAUCAUCGCAAGGGUUCGGGGGGACGACAAUUUGGCGAAUGAUUGGGCUGCUCAGUGCCUUUCGGUACACAACGCAGCUCAAGAAAAGAUGGAAAAUAUCGUCGACUAG